AUGAGCAGCGCCGAGACGCCGCCGCCGCUCGGCGCCGGGCCGCGGGCUCAGCCCGCCUGGAAGCGGGAGAUCCUGGAGCGCAAGCGGGCCAAGCUGGCCGGGGCGGCCGGCGGCGAGACGGAGCCCCCGGCCGGGCCGGCGGCGCGGGGCUCGGCGGCGGCGAUGGGCGAGCGGCUGGUGGUGGCCGAGAGCCUGGGCCCGCUCCGGGAGAACCCCUUCAUGCGGCUGGAGAGCGAGCGGCGGCGGCUGCGGCAGGGGCUGCCCGGGCACGGCCCCGAGGCGGCGCGGCCGCUGCAGCAGCUGCUGGAGCUGUACAGCGCCGUGCCGGGCAUCCGCACCAUCCGCGCCGACAACAUCCUCAUCAUCGAGUCGCAGCCCGACGCCGCCGCCGCCUCCUGCUUCGCCGACGGGGACUCGCUGCCGGGACGCCGCCGGGAGCCGGCCGCCGCCUCCCCGCCUCCCCGCCCGGACCCGCUGCGGGAGCUGCUGGCCCGGCAGGGCGCCGCGCUCGCCGAGAUCCGCGCCGAGCAGGUCUUCAUCUACGAGGCGGCCGAGCCGCCCGAGGCGGCCGAGCCGGGCACCGUCAGCCGCCUCCUGGAGAAGUUCGGGCAGCGACCGCGGGGCCGCCGCCGCCGGGGCGGGGAGGCGCUGCCCGGGCCCGCCGCCGCCGCCGCCACCCCCCGGGCCGGGCCGGUUUCCCCGCCGCCGGUGCCGGGCUCCCCCCGGGCCGCGGCUCCCCCGAAGGCGGGGUCGGGCUCCGCCCGCGCCUCGGCCCCGAAGACGGGACCGGGACUCCUGCCGGCGGCACCGGGCUCCCCCCUGCCCUUGCCGACCUCCCCCCGGGCCGCCACCCCCCAGCCGCUGCCGGCGCCCCCCCAGUCCCCGGCGACCCCCCGGGCUACCACCCCCCAGCCCCUGGCUCCACUGGCAGCCCCGGUCUCCCCCAGGGCUGUGGCCCCCCAGGCGGUCCCGGUCUCCCCCAGGGCACCGCUGGGUGUCCCUAAGGCCGCGGCUCCCCAGGCCAACUGCUUCCUCCACAAGAUUGGCUCCAACUCCUUCACUGUGACCCCACGGGGUCUGCCCCCCGCCGGCCGUGUCCCCGAGCCUCCCAUCGACCGUGUUCCUGAGUCUUCCGGCCGGAGCGUGCCGCCCAAGGGGCUGACAGUGCCAUCCACCAGCGCUGCCAACGCCAGGAGGCCAAAGCAGGAGGAGGCCGAAGCGGCUGUGUCGCCCCCACCCAGUGCCAGUCUGGCCCCCAGUGCCACCCAGCCGCUCUCUGCGUCUGCCCCCAGGGCUGGGGGCUCCUUUGAGAUCCUCCCGGCCCCCAAGCCUGACUUGGCUGCCAUCCCUGCCCAUGACCUGCAAGCGCAGGCCCUGGCCAAACUGCGCCUGAAUUCGCGCAACUCCUUCGUCUUCGUGCCCCGACGGGAGGGCGGCCCGGCUCUGCCUGCAGCACAGAGCACAGGAGCGAGGCCGCCACUGUCCUCGGAGCAGAAGGUACAGAAAGAGCCCCUGAGGGUUUCCGCUCCAGAGCAGGAAGAGCCUGUCGCUUCCCUGCCGGCGCCUCUGGAUCCGUUGGUACCUGUGACUUACAUCGAUGACAUUGUGGAGCCAGACAGCGGGGAGCUCUCCCCCAGGGUCAGCUUGGCCACGAGGACGGGGAACUUGGCGGAUCAGCCUGGAGGAGCUGGCCCUGACCUGGAGAUGGAGUUUUCCUCUGUGCCCCUCUACAGACCUCACUCUGCCUCCCCUGGCCUCCAUCAGAGGGGAGGCAACACCUUCACUGUCGUGCCCAAAAGGAAGCCCAUUGUCUCGGAGCCACAGACUCUUACUGAUGCUGGUGGAAGGCCUCAGCGGGAGGAAGAGGAGGAGGAGGAGGAAAGCAAAGGAAAAGCCAAAGCUGUGGAGAAUGCUGAUGGGCCCCAGGCGGGGUUGUCCCAUAAAAAGCGCUACCCCACCGUCAACGAGAUCGAAGUGAUCGGUGGGUACCUGUCCCUGGAGAGGUCCUGCAUGAGCAAGACAGGCUCUCGCCGCAAGAAGAUGAAGAUCUCCUUCAAUGAGACAAGUUUGCAGACCAUGUUUGAGUAUCCAUCAGAGAGCUCGCUGGCAGAAGAAGAGGACGAAGAGGAAGGACACGCUUCUGAAACAGAGGAGGACAAGUCUUGCACCUUUCACAUUCCACGCCCAAAUAGCACUUUGCAUCCCAGUACACCUAACUCAGCAGAUCUAUCCAGCUACACCCCAAAGCACUCUGUGAAGUUCAGCGAGUGGCAGGAGCAGAAGUACGAGGAGAUGCCUGCCUCCGAGAGACCCCUCCUGAAGGAAGCUGACUCCCAUGGGAACCAAGUCAUGCUCACCCCAGCGGAGAAGGGCGGACUCUCCGACUUCAGCAGUGAGCCUGCCCUGUACUUCUGAUCGCUUCUUCCUGUAGCCUGCAGCAGCAGCUGCUGGACAGAACCCGUCAGUGCACCUCACGAGACUCCACGCAAGCACCACAGAAAUAAGCUUCUGGGUCCCUCCCUCAUCACAGUUUUCAUAGGAUCCUGAUGCCAAGGGUGGACUAGAUGCCAUUGGGUGUCUAUGGAGGAUAUUUGCACUGGAUUCUGGGACCUAACUACUACUUUUAGGGCAUAUGAUUUAUUCUACCUGUGGCCUUGCAUAUUCCUUGUUCAAGAUCAGCUGUCGAUUAGACAAGCCUCUUAAGAACCCAUCUGUAAUACAGGAUGGAUGUAGAUUCUCCUAGUGCUUACCCGAGUCCGCUCAUCCAAGCACUGUAUGGGGUCUGGACAGCUUUUGUAACACUUCCUCACUGGGGUCCCUAACGAGAGAACAGUUCUGAAGGUUGAGCACUGGGAAUAUCUGGGCAGGUAGCUGUUGUGGUUGUGAUAUGACAGUGGGAUUACAGCAGGUGUCAGCUCGGAGAACUGUUGAAGGUUCCCAGUUUGUUCCCAACAUGUUUCUGGGUCUAGUUUCCCUGAGCUGUCAGGGAAUUUAUGUGCCAGUUACAUUCUUGUGAAGGAAGCUGAAUGUGAGGGGUGGGAAGGGGAAUAAAUGCUUUUAGUUUUAGGUGUCACUUUUGCACUGAUCUGUAAAGACGCGUCCAGGCUAGCUUGGCUUGAGCCUCUUGAAGAUUCCCAAACGUUGGCCAUAGCUUUGAUCUUUCCGUAACUGCCUCUGCUGUCCAGUCUCUAAUAAUUACUAAUUGUGCUUGUUUGCCAGUUCCUCUUGUUUUGUUCCAGAAUCUAAUGAGGCCAGGUCCAAGAUGUAUUUGUCUUGGUGGGGAGACUUGCUUCUUGCCAUGCUCACUCUGCUUCUCUAUGCAAAGCACAGAAGGGCUAUUUCACUCCUUUCUUCUGCAGAACUUGAACAAGGAAUAUGAUUUUUUUCUAGUGUUUUUAUAGUUCCAUUGUAAAUGUUUAAUGCAGCCAAUAUGCAAAGGAAUCUGCUAGACUCUUCCAUUUAAAUUCUUUACUACUGUAAACUCAGGGUCAAAACUGCACUCUGGAAAAGACUGAACACUGCUGCUAAUGUGAUUUGUACUUCUGAGAUUAAAAGAGAUGCGGUUGGAAUAGAUACGGCCUCUUUGGGCUUGAUGAAAUGAGUGGUACCCCAGCAUGUGGCUCUAUCUAAAGGACCCGGCUGGCAUCUUUUACAUUUGAUGCUUUUAUUGGUUUGUCUAUUAUAUAUAGACAAUGAAUGUCUAGUCAAGCUGACACCGAUCUAAGAACUGAAAAUGUUCUGUAUGCCUUGCACUCAUUUUGGUGUAUAUUGUAGCAGCAGGAGGAAGUUUGUUCUGCUGAAAAAUACAGUUGAGGAUAAAUGCUAGGCCAUACCUGUUCUCUUCAUCUGCCCUGGGUGCCUGUGUAUUUCAGGAAAGAUAAUCCAUAAGAAUGAGAUACAGUUUGUUAAAUGUUGGCUGGAGGUAUAAGGAGCACUUUUCUUCUCCUUGCACUUCUAAGACUUGUCCUUUUAAAAUUAUCUAGAAAUGGCAGAAAUACAGUGGAAAGAGCAGCGAAUCCCAUGUGCUGAGGUCUUUUCCCAGUAAUGAAACACUUAAAAAGCAAGAUGCUAAGACUGCUGGUGAUUUAAGGGAAAACUAAACUAUCAGAUACGUGAACACUGAGCAGUGCCCACAGCCAGUAGCUGCACACAGGGCCAAAGGUGAGCAGGGAGGAAAACAUUCUGCACAUUUUUUCUAGUAGAAAAGGUCCCAGUGAGCAUCUUUUACUGCAGAAAGCUCAGGCCAUGGCCUUAUAGCAGCCCCGUCUCUAGAGUUGCAGCCUAACAAAACUGCAAGUGGUGAAGCAAAAGCUGCUUGCAGUUUAAGUUAGGGACAAGCUGUUUGAACUAGUCCUGGCUUCAUUCUGCUGUGGAUCAACAAAGUGAACAAUAUCCUUCAGGUUGCUUCACUGACUUCAGCUGACUGAAAUGCUGCUCUGGUACUCUGCGUGCUGAUCUCAGUGAAUGAGCUCUGUGCCUGCACCUUCUCUACUUAGGACGGGCUCGGUGGAGGCCUGAGAGUGCAGCGUGCAUCUCAAAAGGGGCCCAUGGUGCUCUGGUGUACUGCUGACCUCUCUCUUCCCUCUCCCAGUUUGCCCGCUCUGCCUUGUGGCUGUGACUCGCACCUCGCUGAGUGCUGCCUUUGCACUUCCCGGCUUUGCGUGCUAAUCCCUGUCUGUACCAGACGAAUGCUUAGCUUGUUCUUGGCAAAGCAAGCUGAAGGCUGGCUCAGGGCAGGAGCAUUAGCUCAUGUG